CAAAAACGUAACCGUCUGCAUUACUGUACUGUGCAAGUGGAAGCCUGCUGUGGGUACGUAUGGUAUUGGUGAUCAACUGCUAGUCAGCAGCUGCAGAAGUGGUCUAGUCUACGUCCAAGGCUUGAGCAAGUGACUGUCGAUUCCAGGAGUUAUCUAUGACUUCGAAUGGCAAAAAUACCUCAGAUCCCCAUCAAAUAUACGAUGUACUGCUCUUUUCUCAUCUUGAUGACAAAGAAUUUACAUCGGCUCUGUAUGAGAGCAUGAGGAAGAUUGAUUCUAGCAUUCAAAUCUUUUAUGGAGAAAAGACUAUUUUAUGGGGUGAAACUGAAAGACUGGCAGACGAAGCUAUCUGGAAGUGCAAAAAGGCUGUUGUGAUUAUCUCUAAUUCCAUUGUGAAAUCCACCAAACAGAACCGGGAACAAGCUAUCAUUCAAGCCUUGUUGGAUAGACAGUGGGUGGCACAAAACAAUUUGAUUUUGCCACUCCUGCUGGGUGUCAACACUGAAAAAUUUAGAAGGCACUACCCUACUCUUGCCACAAUCAGGGCACUUGAAACACCUCUGGUGUCAGAUCCAAGGGAUGUAGCUCAACGACUAUUAAAGCUUUUGGGGAACACAGAGAUGACUGAGAUGGGCACUUGGGUUGUUCAGUCCAGCAUACAUUCGUGUCCUCUUCCGGCUGUCGCUGUAUGCCAUGGACGAGACAAAGAACUUGAGAGUGUUGUAAGAGAAAUUACAAGACCACAAGUUCAUGUUUGUUGUGUUUACGGAUUACCAGGUGUAGGGAAGACAAUGCUCGUAAAGGCAGCUGCACAUCAGUUGAAUGAUUACCAUGAAAAAAGUGGACAAGCAGACUGGAGAGCAACUUAUGUUAGCUUAGGUGACCAAGAGUCCCAAGAUCAGUGUCUUCGUGCUAUCCUGGAAGGUCUGGGACAAGAUCUGGUUGAAGGACAAGAGUUCACACACUUGCAGCAAUUAAUGAAAGACAACGAUAUUAGGAACCACAUUCUUGUCCUGGAUGCAUGUGACAAGGCCUUCCGGUAUCAGAAGGUUCAGUUUCAUAGCCUCCUUUCUGAACUUGCCAAAUGCUUCAAAGUUAUCACAACUUCACUAACUAGAUAUGAAAGUGAUGGACUUGAAGUUUCAUAUCUGAACCUUAAGCCAUUUGAUCUUAAAACAGCCCGGUCAGUUUUGUUGCAACUAUGCAAUAUGGGAAACAAUCUCAAAACAAACAUUGCUGAUCAACUAGUAAAGGUUUGUUAUUGCAUGGCUAUUGGCAUUCGGAUUAUUGCAGCAGUGCUGAGAUCACAACAGUAUACUCCUAAGAGUCUCUUGCUUCAUCUGGAUGGUGAUGAUGGAGACAAUGCCAGUAUUUAUGCCAAGUUGGAUGAAUUCGCUGCAAAGGAAGGUAGUUUAUUACCUCAAAUCAGUGCAUGUUUUGAAGCAGCAUACAAAUGUUUGCCUCAGCAGCUUCAACAGCAGCUGCCUCCCCUAUCACUCUUCCCAGGGUCCUUCUCAGACCAAGCUUGUGCCUUUGUACUACAAAUGGAAAACAAGUCUUCUGUACUACAGGAGGUACUUGGGCCAUUGCAAGAGUACAGUUUCCUGAGUCCAGGGAAGAACGGUCACCAGUACAUUAUUCAUAACUCUGUUGUGACAUUUCUACGAGCAAAGUUUAGGGAACUUCCUUUGGAGUCUCAAUUGUAUGCAAAAGAGAAAUUGUGUAUGUAUUAUAUGAAACGCCUCAAACAGGCCUCGGCUCAGUUUUUGGAUAACCCCAAACAAUCAGUUCUGCUGUUUGAUAGGAAUCGUAGCAAUUAUGAACUAUUACUGCAAGGUGCAGUUCUUACUAAAUUGUACGGUGAUUACAUGGACUUGGUGAUAAAUUCAGAUGGUCUAUUUAGAGUCACUCUGAAAGUUGAUCAACGUUGUAGAUUAUAUGAAGAAUGUACCAAAGCAGCAAAACAGCAGAAUGAUCCACCUCGCUUAUGUGCUGCUACUCUUUGCUGGGCUGAUUCUUUACUAGAUGCAUCAAACCCUGAGGAUGCCAAAUCAUGUCUCGACAGCAUUUCCACUUAUGAAGAUAAGCUCGAGAACAAGCUACUAACAAUAUAUAGAAUCCUUGAAGCAUCUGUGAUGACUUCACAGGGAGAACCGCAACUAGCAACAAAGCACCUCAUGAAAAGCUGUCUCAAUCAAGACUCUCCAUCCAGUUGCUACCCUCUUCUGAGGGCCAGAGCACUUGUUGCCUUAGGAAAUGCUAGUGUUGCUGUAGACCACAAAUGUGCAGCCAUCAAGCAAUAUCAGAUGGCUAAAGACACGUUUGCCGAAGGUCUUACCAAGGAAAGCCAGCUUUCUGGAGUUCCAACCUCGGUUACCCGUGUUGUACCCAUCCACCCAGAUAUCUGUUCAGUCCUACUCCGGAUUGGUCACUGUCAAUUUCAGAUGCGCAACUAUACUGCUAGUGAGAGUACUUUCAUUCAAGCACUUAUUAUGCAAAGUCGUCUCUCUUGUGAUCGGCUGUCUCGAGCCAUGACUUCAUAUCAUGUUGGCAUAUCUCAAGCAUCAACAGUUCAUACAGCUGAACAUUUAGAUCAAGAAAAACUUCAGGAUGCUGUUGAGAAUCUUGGUGCAGCUCAAGAGGAAGCCAUGCGAUUGUCAAAAAGUCACCCUUUGAACCCUCUUGCUGCUCUAGCUCUGGGUAGCUUGUUCUUUCGUAAGGGCUUAGCAAUGCCCAAGACAAAGCAGAAAGACACACGAACUGAGUUUAAUGACUCUCUCAAGCACUUCAAAAUUUGUGCUGAACACUGUGAAAAGUUAGAAGAUUGGAGGGAAUCAACAACUGCUAUUGAUGCUAUAGCACACCAAGCAAUAAUCUCUGCUGUAUUGAAAAUUAAAAGAGAGGAAGUUAUCAAACUAAGGGAUAAAUGCACUGACAUAGUAAGACACAGACAGUGUAGUAAUGAAGACAUUCUGCCUAUAGCGGUAAAAUACAUAAUGUCACCCACUUUUCCUGACUGCUGUAAAAGUCUAGGAGUGUUGCGAGUUUCAUUCACGCAGUGUAGUUCGAGCUGCUGCUUUUCAUUAUGCAUGACAAAGCGCCAGUCAAGUGUAGAACUACAUUCACAACGGAAGAGUCGACGAAGACCACCAAGAUCGACAUCUGUGCCUAUUCCAUUUGUAUCUAAGUACACAUCACAGCAAGCCCCACAGCGCUGUCUGUUGAUUGACCUAACGGCACCAUCUCCUGGGGGGUCACCAAAAGAGACCUUACUUGAACAAACGAAACCACUUAUGCAGUCAUCAGCAUCUCCUACACUAUCAGAAGACAACCAUCACUGCUCUACAUCACAAGCUUCAGAUAAGUCGGGAGCUAGCUGUAGCCCCAUCAAGGGCCCAAUGUCUAGUUAUAGACAAUUCACUUGCAGGCAAGAUGUAGUGAAAGCAGAGUCUACAUUGGCUGUGCCAGAGGAGGACCUCGAAAUGGUUUUAGACAGUCCCAGGAAGGAUGCUACAGGACACUGCUGCAUUCAGUGACUUCAAACUAAGAAUAGAAUGUUUAGCCGCUAAAGUAUGGACUUCGUUUACUCUUGCCAAAUAGACAUUCAAGGGAUUGUCAUCUUCAACGGUGAAACGGGUGGACUGCCUAUGCAACGCUUGACAAGUUUGGAGGACUUUCCCUUCCUGGCUGUAGGUGGAUUGCAUCCAACACUACUGUAAAUUUGAUGACAGCAUAGACAAUCUUGCUAUCUGAUUGACAAUGACAAUGAUAUGACAAUGCAAUGGCAUUUGUUAUUGAAAUUAAGUCUUUUUUGUGAAAGCUUUGUAAAGCAUUGCCUAGAACAAGGUCUGCUCACCAAUUUCAUAACUAAAAAAAAAUAAUAAUGGGUGCUCAGUUCAUCCCCACCUGUUCGAGCGAGCAUGUACUCACUUGUUUGCAAGUACAGUAAGUGAGCAAUGUUUCCAUAGCAAUGUUAGCAGUUGUUAAC